UUCAUCAAGUGAUCGUAUUUCAACUACGAAGUCACGCUACAAAUUUUAGACGCAAAAACUCCAAACCAUUGAACAUAAGCCGCCAAGAAUCACUUAAUGGAAUUUUUUCGACCUCCGGUUCUCUAUUUUUUUGUCCAGUGAAGCAUUUCUAACGAUCAGAAUAAAUUUUUGCAGUAUAAGGGACCCGAGUAAAUAUCAAUCACGUGCACACGAUAAAAUUCCCAAUAGGAUCAUUGAUAGGGCUUCUAAUUAUUCCAAAGAAUGUUAAUAAAUUAAAGUGGCCAAUCAUGUGCUCCCAAGGGAGUCACUCUUGAAAAAGAGAGGUCUUCAAAGUGACAUGUAUAGCGUUCCGACAAACGUGCUGUAUUUGAAUUCAGUGUGCGAUUGUGCUUUGAGACGAGCGCCAAAAAAACUUCCACUUCUGCCCACAAGCACACUAGAAAGAAAGGCGUAUAUCAGUUGAAGGGUUGCGCUAAGAGUUGAAAGCAUUUCAUGCCGAAGAACGGCUUUGGUAGCCGGAGAUUUUAGCCAUGCCGAGAGGGGAACAUCACAAAUCCGAUCGCGAUAGAGACCAUAAUCAUAGGGACCGACGAGACCGAGCCGAGGAAACUGGAAGUCAAGAAAUAUUAGAUGAAGGUAUUAUACAAGUGCAGGUUAUUCCUCAAGACGACAAUUGGGGAGAGACAGCAACAUCUAUCACUGAAACAGCAACAUCGAUCGUAACACUUAGCGAGACAGACUUGAGUGAUGUUGUCAAAGAAAGACGUGGUAUUUCAUGCGGCACGUUCGGGCGCCAUGUUAAGCUCGUACCCCAAGCGAUUUUGUGCCUGUUCGCUGUUGCUUCGCCGAUCUUUUUCGUCGUUUUUCCCGUUGUUACAUGGAAGCCUAUACCCUGUGGCUCAAACUGUGAUGGUCUUUUCAUCAGCUUUGCCGUCAAAGAGCUGUUAUUAGUGAUCGGGAUUUGGGCUUUGUAUUUUCGAUUGUCGCGGGUCACGUUGCCUCGAGUGUUUGUUCUUCGGGUUGGAAUGAUGGCGCUUGUUUUCUUGGUCCUCGUUUGUUACUGGCUUUUCUACGGUUUGCGGAUCAUCGACAAGACAGUACACUUUACUGAGAUCCUUCACUUUGCGGUCACGUUGGUAGAUACUCUGCUUUUCUUGCAUUAUGCAUCACUGGUGGUGUUGUGGAUUCGACAAUCCGACCCUUUGUUUACACUCAAAGUGAUUCGCAGCACCGAUGGAGUCAGUCGAUUUUAUAACAUCGGUCCUCUGUCCAUUCAGCGGACGGCCGUGUUUGUGUUGGAGCAGUAUUACAAGGAUUUUCCCGAGUAUAAUCCGUAUCUGACGCAAACUCCUGCGAGGUCAUCGCACAAGCAGUUCUCCAGUCUCAAGUUCUAUGACAUAGACGGCAAGCAAAAUGACAAAGUAAACCCACGGGCCAAAGCAAUCUUAACAGCGGCUUCAACCCGUAGACGCGAUCCUGCGAGAAACGACCGCUUUUACGAAGAAGCGGAGUUCGAUCGAAAGGUUAAGCGGCGAAAAGCGCGCUUGUAUAACGCCUGCGAGGAGGCGUUUGGACACAUCAAACGCGUGCAACUCGAGCGCGGACCGUGUGUACCCAUGGACCCAGAGGAGACAGCGCAAUCAUUGUUUCCAUCGUUUGCGCGACCACUUCAGAAAUAUCUAAGGACUGUAAGACUCCACCAUCGCUUCACAAUGGAUGGAAUCAUUAAACAUCUCGCUCACUGUCUUACUUUCGACAUGACCCCGAAAGCGUUUCUGGAACGUUAUACGAACGACCAGCCCUGUGUAGAAUUUACGACGAAAAAGCGAACUCAAAGCUGGAGUUUAGUCUGCGAAGAACAGGUUACCAAAUCAUUGUCCUCCUCAACAGUUUUUCAACUCAAAUGCGAGGAUCUUUCUAUCAUUGUUACGGUUAGAAGACUCCCGUACUUUGAUAUUUCAGAAGACGAAUUUGACUUUGAAAGCAAUAAGUUUGUAUUGAGGCUCAACUCCGAGACUUCGGUUUGAGCCAGCAGCAAACACUGCGGACCAAAUAUUUUGUAAAUAUAAUUAUUGCCGUUGUAUUUUUCAAGUGUGCUCUCAGAGAGAAACAAACUUUAAGUUAAGGACAUUUUUCAAGCGCUUGGAUAUUACAGUUGAAUGUUUAUUUCAACAUGAAAUGUACGAUAUUGUUUCCUCGUUCGUGUUAUUCCAAAGAAAAUCACGAUUGUAUUGAAUUUCUAUAGAAAAUGUUGCAAGCCAAGGAACAUUGUUAAUUCUUGUACUUUCUAACGUAAACUUGUACAAAAAACAGCUUCGUUAUUGAACGAUCCUUUAUUUUCGAAAGGAUUGGCAGUUUAAUUGUAAUAGAUUUGUUAGUGAUUUGUGCGAAACUAUUUUGAUCUUUAUCUCUUUGCAUUUAUUAUUUACUGCCGAAAAUUCCAGUUUAAUUUACAAACUGCAAACUAAUUAAAUCUUUUGGAACUGA